AUGGGUUGCCGUUCUACUGUACCUACGCAAAGAGAUACACACACACACAUCCACCGUUACAAGUCCCAAACUCUGCAGUCUUUUCCUACGCUCUACCUUAUUUCCAACCUUGUUCCAUCUGCAAUCAUGCCUGCCUCCAUGGAGCCCACCCAGCAAGCCCCCAUGACGACUGAUAACGGUGACAUUGUCACCCAGCAGCCCUCGGCCGAGCCCCAGCCCGAGAUGAGCAUGCGUGGUGGUGAGGAGGCUGGCUGCGAGAUCUGCUGCGGUCUCUGCGCCUGUGACGAGGCUUGCUGCUAG